AUAAAAUUCCUUAUCUAUACGUGUCUAGAGGAGCCAUGGUCUUGAAACACGGGAAAUAGAGAUAUACAGUAGUCCUGAAAAUCGAAACAAUUGCUGGAAGCACCAGAUCAAAACCAUGCAAAAUGCACUGAAACCUUUAUGUUAAAACUUGACACGUAUUUACAUAACAUAAAGGUGGUGGCAGUACUACAUAAAUUGAGGUAUAUCAAGAAAACUAUAAAAUCUGAUCCCCUAAAAAUAACAAUACAAAAAGUAAAAGAACCUACUACGUACACCAAAGAAGUAAUUAAUUAGUAAGUGUAAAAAAGUUUAGAGAUGGAGAAAGACAGCAGCACCCCAAAAACUGAAGACAAGAAACAAUCAGAGGAAGCAACGAAGUUAGAGGGUUUGCCAACUGAGACUAGUCCUUAUGUGCAAUACACAGACUUGGAAGACUACAAGCAACAAGGCUAUGGUACCGAGGGCCACAAGGAUGUAACGCCCGGCCGUGGCGCUGGAGGGACCGAUGCACCCACCCCUUCGGGUGGUGCACCCGCUGGCUCAGCCACGGAUGUUAUUAACCAACAAGGUGUUCCAUGAAUAAUGCCAAAUUGGUUUUGGUUUUAUGUUAAUUUAAUUGCGUCUUAAUUAAAAAGAUAAUGCAUAUGUACACGUUUUGUUCAGUUGCGCUUCUUGUAUUUUCUAAUGAAUAUUUAUUGAGUUUUAU